GGCCUUCCAGCGGGAGGCGGAGCGAGCCCAAAAUGGCGGCUCUCAGGCUGGCGCGCUCCGUGCUGCUGGGGCUUUGAGGUGGUCGCCGGGGGUCCGGGGGACGAUUUCCCCGCCUCGAGGGCCCCAGACAAUGAGUUGGGGGCUCUGCUAACGUCACGCAGCGGGGCUGGAGAGAAGUGGCAGCAAGGGCUGCGGUGGCGUCCACGCAGCGGGAUGUGCGAGAGUUACUCCAGGUCGUUGUUGAGGGUCUCGGUGGCGCAGAUCUGCCAGGCGCUGGGCUGGGACUCGGUGCAGCUCAGCGCCUGCCAUCUCCUCACCGAUGUGCUGCAGCGCUAUCUGCAGCAGCUGGGCCGGGGCUGCCACCGGUACUCUGAACUCUAUGGCCGAACAGACCCAAUUUUGGAUGAUGUUGGUGAAGCUUUCCAGCUUAUGGGAGUUAGUCUCCAUGAACUAGAAGACUAUAUUCACAAUAUCGAACCCGUCACUUUCCCACAUCAAAUCCCUUCAUUUCCUGUUAGCAAGAACAAUGUACUCCAGUUUCCACAACCCGGAAGUAAAGAUGCAGAGGAAAGAAAAGAAUACAUUCCGGAUUACUUGCCACCCAUUGUGUCUUCUCAGGAAGAGGAAGAAGAAGAACAGGUACCCACUGAUGGGGGUACAUCGGCAGAAGCCAUGCAGGUUCCCCUGGAAGAAGAUGAUGAAUUGGAGGAGGAGGAAAUUAUUAAUGAUGAGAAUUUCUUGGGUAAGAGACCAUUGGACAGUCCUGAAGCUGAAGAGAUGCCUGCCAUGAAGCGACCGCGACUAUUAAGCACUAAAGGAGACAACCUAGACAUAGUAUUAUUGGAAGCUCGAGAACCACUCAGCUCAAUAAAUAUGCAGAAGAUUCCACCCAUGCUUUCUCCAGUCCAUGUACAGGACAGCGCUGACGUAGCACCUCCGUCACCUGAGCCCCCAAUGUUGGCUCCAGUAGCAAAAUCACAAAUUCCAACUGCAAAACCAUUAGAGACAAAGGCAUUCACACCUAAAACAAAGACCAAAACUACUUCUCCAGGACAGAAAACUAAAUCACCUAAAACUACCCCAUCACCAGCAAUAGUUGGAAGUCCUAUUCGGUCACCAAAAACUGUAUCCAAAGAAAAGAAAUCACCUGGACGUUCCAAGAGCCCCAAAAGUCCCAAGAGCCCCAAGACUACGACUCAUAUUCCCCAACUACCUGUCAGACCCGAAACACCAAAUAGGACUCCUUCAGCUACAAUAAAUGAAAAAAUUAAUAAAGAGACUGUCCCAGUGAAACAAACACAGACUCCUCUUGAUGCUGGGAAACUGAAUAAUGAGACUCAGCCAAAAAAGGCUGUUGUAACUGAUAAAACAAUUGAUGACUCUAUUAAUGCUGUGAUUGCACGAGCCUGUGCUGAGAGGGAGCCAGAUCCUUUUGAGUUUUCUUCGGGGUCAGAGUCUGAAGGAGACAUUUUUACCAGCCCUAAGAGAAUUUCAGGUUCGGAGUGUACCACUCCAAAAGCUUCCACUUCCUCAAACAAUUUCACAAAGUCAGGGUCCACUCCUCUGCCUCUUUCAGGUGGAACUCCAAGUUCUGAUAACUCAUGGACAAUGGAUGCCUCAAUAGAUGAGGUUGUUCGGAAGGCAAAACUGGCCACACCUUCCAGUGUGCCUGCCAACUUCCCUUACAUCUCUUCCCCAUCAGUUUCUCCUCCCACUCCCGAGCCUCUCCACAAAGUAUAUGAGGAGAAGACCAAGCUGCCUUCCUCUGUGGAGGUAAAGAAGAAGUUGAAAAAAGAGCUAAAGACUAAAUUGAAAAAGAAAGAAAAGCAGAGAGAUAAGGAGAGGGAAAAAGACAAAAGCAAAGAAAAAAACAAAGAGAAGGAUAAAGUGAAAGAGAAAGAAAAGGAAGCUGGCAAGGAAACGAAAUACCCAUGGAAGGAAUUCCUUAAAGAUGAAGAUUCGGAUCCCUAUAAGUUUAAAAUAAAAGAAUUUGAAGAUGUUGAUCCAAAAGUGAGAUUGAAAGAUGGAAUUGUGAGGAAGGAGAAGGAGAAGCAUAAAGAUAAGAAGAAAGAUAGGGAAAAGGGCAAAAAAGAUAAAGAGAAAAGAGAAAAAGAAAGAGCUAAAGAGAAAGGGCGAGAAGAUAAAAUGAAGACGCUACCAGCGCCGCUGGUGUUGCCCCCAAAGGACGCGGCUCUGCCCCUUUUCAGCCCUGCUGCCGCCGUGCGGGUCCCCUCCCUGCUGCCUGUCCCGUCCCCUGUGCUCCCGGAAAAGCUGUUUGAAGAGAAAGAGAAGCCGAAGGAGAAAGAAAGGAAAAAAGACAAAAAGGAGAAGAAAAAAAAGAAAGAGAAAGAAAAAGAAAAGGAGAAGAAAGAGAAGGAAAGAGAGAAAGAAAAGAAGGAGAAAGAGAAGAGAGAAAAAGAAAAGGAGAAACACAAGCAUGAAAAAAUAAAAGUGGAACCAGUUGUUCCAGCCCCAAGUCCAGUUAUCCCCAGAUUGACUCUGCGAGUUGGUGCUGGCCAAGACAAGAUUGUCAUCAGCAAAGUGGUGUCAGCCCCGGAGGCUAAACCAGCACCUUCUCUGAAUAGACCCAAGACACCGCCUCCCACACCAGCCGCAGUCCCUGUGCACAUGAACCCCACCCCACUGCCGCUGCCACUCCUGCCCCAGGCAGCAGCGUGCCCCGCUCUGAUGCCAUCUCUGGCUCCUGCCCUGGCGGCAGCAGGAAGCUCCAAGGCGCCCGUGCGGAGUGUGGUGACUGAGACUGUCAGCACUUACGUGAUCCGAGACGAGUGGGGAAAUCAGAUCUGGAUCUGUCCUGGGUGUAACAAACCUGAUGAUGGGAGUCCGAUGAUCGGCUGUGACGACUGUGACGACUGGUACCACUGGCCCUGCGUCGGGGUAAUGGCGGCACCACCAGAAGAGAUGCAGUGGUUCUGCCCGAAGUGUGCCAGCAAGAAGAAAGACAAAAAGCACAAGAAGAGGAAGCACCGAGCGCACUGACGUCAGGAGGACGGGCGGGCGGAGCAGCAGCUUGAGCUGGGCCUUCGUGUUCUUGCCCUCCCGGCAGGGGCGGUGGGCGCUCUGCCUCCCCAUGCCCGGUGGAUGAUGAGCCCGGAACAUAGGGACAGCACGGCCGCCCAGGGAAGCCAGGUGUCCCUGCAGAGCAGGCUGGCCCGUGGGGCCAAGGCCGCGGGAGGACAGAACCCCAGCAGGGGCGUGGUCUCGGGGCUGCCGGCCUCCGUUUUUCUAUUACCAGAGACGAGUAUUAUUAAUAAAGACCGUAUGUCUCCCCUUUUGACUUCCUGUAUUAUCUGCAAGGCCUUUUCAUUAAGGUGUUAGAUGAGAAGAUAAUGUAAACCGCCUUGAUUGUAAUUUAAAGAUGAUAUCAUUAAUCUGUAAAGUUUUCAACUCCUUCCCUCAAUAGUAAGAUAAUCAUAACAAAAGAAAACUCCAGCUGGAGGAGUACUGGUAAAUAUUUUUGUGAUGAGAAUAUAUGAAGCUCCCCCCCACCCUCGCCCUGUUUUUAGUACUAACAUGUAAAAUGUUCAGGCUUUUGUGAAAUACCUUAUAUUUUUUAAGAAAAAGGUUUCUAUCAUGUCCUGUUUGCUUCUGUGCAAAUUAUUUUUGUUUAUUCUAAUGUAUUUUAUACCUUCGUUGCAUUUUAAUUUUGCCCUUCUUUAAACUGCUGGAGUCUCUUCUCACUGCUUGUACAUUUCAUCAACUUGUAUAAAAACUUCAUACUAAAAAAUUUCCCUAAUGUAAAUAAUAAAUAUUUAUGAAGUAGUUAUUUUUAAAAUUUUUAUCGUGUUAAUUCUGGCUUUCUCUGAAAUCCCCCGUGAUUUCAGCCAUGUCUGUAAUUAGUGCUGUACAUAAGCAGAGGGGCUAGCGGACAGGAGCCAUGGUGCAGUCGUUCCCCUCGAGGGGUGUGGAGCUGUGCGGCACCCCGGCCCUUGCGGGGAGAGGACCCAGGGAGCUGGAAGGGACACAGGCAUCCCAAAUCCAGAGCUUAGGGUUUGGAAUUGUUUCCUUUGCAAUCUACUUUGUUUCUGUAAACCUUGACUUUUAUUAAAAGGACAUGUAGUUUCCAUGAAAGUUUUAAAAAAGCCCAUAACUGCAGCAUUUUGUGUUACAUUGUUUUAUGUCUACAAAUUUGUUCAUUGACAUUGUACUUUAAGGCUGAAAUGACAUAUGUUUUUAAGAAAACAUCAAAUUUCAGGGUAUCAUAAAAUUUUAUUAUAUUGCUGUACUGCCCACUAUUUAUUAUAUGUUAUAAGUAUCUGAAAGUAAAACAAAUAUUUUAUUUUUAAUGUAAAAACAUCAAAUUUAACUUUAUUAGCAUAUUUUAGCAUCUUGGAAUAAACAUGGAUUUCUAUCUGAUUUUGAAAUAAUCCCAGUUUGGCCCCACAUAAUGGAGAUCUCUAGUGCUAGAAUACGGGCUUUGAAUCUAAUACAAAUAUAUUAAUAGAAAGUAUGAUGGUUUUUUUUUUUUACUGCCAAGUCAACUGAUGUUAGCGUGUAACUUCAUCAUAUUUUAGAACUUACUAUUUGGUUACAGAAAUGUGUUUUUUUGCCAUAAAUGUGAAAUUGCAAAGGAGUGAAAUUGCAAAGGAGUAGACCUUUUAAAAAGUGCAGGUUAUCAUUGCCUUCCUUGUUCUAGAGGCCAGAAUUUUUGUGUCCCUGCAAAAACAAAAAGUAUGUUGAGAUAUGUGUUUUUUGUUUUAUUAAUUUGAGAUCAUUCAAAUACUUUAUACAAUAUUUUCACAAUCAUAGAUAUACCCAUUAAUGCUUUUUUGGAGAGGGACAAGGGGCGGGGGAAGUAUAAAAUAAAGAUUAUUGGCUAUUUCAUA